AUGGCGGCGCUAAUUAGAAGGAACAUCCAUGGUGGUUCAGAGGCUUAUCGGUUGGGUAGGGAAGGGCUGGAACAAUGUGAACAUCUUUUUACCUCCUGCCACAUUGCGAUGAUGGUGUGGGAUUUUAUAAGUAGAUGGUGCAAUAUACCGUAUAUUUAUGCUUUCUCGGUUAAGGAUUUGAUCGAGGUUAGUAAACAUAUAAAGGCGAGCAAGGAAAGAAAGAAGGCAAUUCAAGCGGUUGUUUUCACGGCGACAUGGAACAUAUGGAAAGCAAGAAAUGAGGCUAUCUUCAUGAAUAAUUUAGUGAGCAUCUCAAAGAAUAAGGAGAACAUCAAGGCGUUGACGUUUUUAUGGAUAAAGAAUAAUUUAGUCCCCAUUUAG